AUGUCGAAAAUGAAGCAUCUGUUAAGAAAACUCCACAUCGGCGGUGGUUUAAAUGAGCACCAACGAUUGGGAGGCGCGGCCCGUGAUCAGCCGAGUCCCAGCCCCAGUCCUAGCUCGACGAACGGGACGGGACUGGGAACGACGUCGUCGUCGUCAUCGUCUUCGGUUAGCUCGGGGAAUGGGAGAAUCGGGGCCGUUGAAUCGGUAAGGGGAGAUCGGACGGCUGGAGAUGAUGUGGAUUUUAAUUUAUUGGAAGAAGAGUUUCAGAUGCAGUUGGCUUUGGCGAUCAGUGCCUCGGAUCCCGAGACGGCUCAGAUCGACGCCGCUAAAAGGAUUAGCCUCGCCGGCACCGACACUAACGUUUUGGUUGAGUUCCUCUCGCAUCGUUAUUGGAACUAUAAUGUUGUAAAUUAUGAUGAAAAAAUUGUGGAUGGAUUUUAUGAUGUGUAUGGCAUUACCUCAACUCUGGGUGCCCAAGGGAAGAUGCCAUCUUUGGUUGAUCUUCAAGCAGUCUCGGUGUUAGAUAAUGUUGAUUAUGAAGUAAUUUUGGUUAACCGGUUGCUUGAUCCUGAACUGCAAGAGCUUGAGAAAAGAGUGUAUAGCAUAUACGUGCAGUCCCGAGCUUUUGGCCAUGGCCCAGUUUUGAGUAGCUUGAUUCAAAAAAUUGCUGAAAUAGUUGUUAAUAGAAUGGGUGGUCCAGUUGGUGAUGCUGAAGAGAUGUUGAGAAUGUGGACGUUGAGAAGUUAUGAGUUAAGGAAUUCUCUUAACACUAUCAUUCUUCCAGUAGGACGGCUUGACGUUGGACUUUCUCGUCACAGAGCCCUGCUUUUUAAGGUUCUAGCUGAUAGAAUUAAUCUUCCAUGCAUGCUGGUCAAAGGGAGCUAUUACACUGGUACUGAUGAUGGAGCUGUGAACUUGGUUAGAAUCGACAAUGGAAGUGAAUAUAUUAUUGAUCUAAUGGGUGCUCCUGGCACGCUAAUUCCUGCUGAAGUACCAAGCUGUCAUAUCCUAAAUUCUGCGCUGGAUGUAAGAGGCUUCGCUGAUCUUAGUGAAGCCUCUCAAGGUUCAUCUUUGGUGCUUGACAAAGACAUUGGAAAUCUGGCAGUUUCAGCUGCUCCGAAUAUGGGGCCUAAAGUUGGUGCGACGAGGUCAGUGGAAUUUGUCAGUGGUCAGACAAAUGAAGAUGAGAUGAACCUUACUGGAAGAGCUGUCUCUGAGAGAUCUGAACAGGAGUUUGGGAAACUUCUUCCGUCGGCACCUAAAUCCAGUGAAAGCUUUUCUUGUCUUCAUGAAAAACCAUCAUCGGCGCAAAAAAGAAAGGUUAAAAAUGUUUCUAGAUAUGUCAUUAGUGCAGCAAAGGACCCAGAAUUUGCUCAGAAAUUACAUGCUGUUUUGUUGGAGAGUGGUGCAUCACCUCCUCCAGAUUUGUUCAUGGAUAUUAAUUCACAUGAUCUUGGUGAAAAAAGUAUGAUUGAACAAGUCAAUCUAGUGAAAGGGACAAACGCAGAUGAUCCUGCUCGUGGCCCUUGUAAUAAGUUGUCAAGAAAUGAGCAGUGUCUUGUUUCCUUCGGAAUGGAGACUUCAGAAAAUACUAAUUCCAACACUAGACAAAAGCACAUGGCUAAACAGCAAACGGAGUUGGAAACAAAUGUCAUAAAAACUAAUGUUGCAUCACCCUCUGAUGUUACAAGUGAGGGAUUUCAUCUUGUCAGUAAUACAACUAAUGAUUGGAUACAAGUUCGUGAAUCUUCCUUCUGCUCUGCUGAUGAGUUUUGCCAAAGACAGCCAGAAAAUUUCUUGGCCACGGAUGAUAAACUAAUACAAAGGACUUCUGAUACUGAUUUUAGUAAAGAAUCUGCAUUGGAAUUGAUCGAAACAAUGAACUGUGAGUUGCUUCUGGCUAGCAAUGGUCACAGUGAAAAGAUAUAUCCUAUGCUGGGAGAGGUUUCAGAAUGGGAAAUUCCUUGGGAGGAUCUUCAGAUUGGUGAACGCAUUGGUAUUGGAUCAUAUGGUGAGGUCUACCGAGCAGAUUGGAAUGGCACUGAGGUUGCUGUGAAGAAGUUUUUAGAUCAAGACUUCUCUGGUGAUGCAUUGAUUCAAUUUAAAUGUGAAGUUGAAAUCAUGUUAAGGUUGAGGCAUCCAAAUGUUGUUCUUUUCAUGGGAGCUGUUACUCGCUCCCCACAUUUCUCUAUACUGACAGAGUUUCUCCCUAGGGGAAGUUUGUAUAAGCUACUGCAUCGACCCAAUCCUCAACUUGAUGAAAAGAGGCGAAUGCGAAUGGCUCUUGAUGUGGCUAAAGGAAUGAAUUAUUUGCACACAAGCCAUCCUACGGUAGUGCAUCGAGAUUUGAAAUCACCAAAUCUCCUUGUUGAUAAGAACUGGGUUGUAAAGGUUUGUGAUUUUGGGUUGUCACGCAUGAAGCAUCAUACUUUCUUGUCUUCAAAGUCUACUGCUGGAACGCCUGAAUGGAUGGCACCGGAAGUUUUAAGGAAUGAACCGGCGAAUGAGAAAUGUGAUGUGUACAGUUUUGGUGUGAUAUUAUGGGAGUUGGUUACUUUAUGUGUACCCUGGAAAGGUUUGAAUCCAAUGCAAGUUGUUGGAGCUGUUGGAUUCCAGAAUAGGCGUCUAGAAAUUCCUGAAGACGUUGAUCCAAUGGUUGCACAGAUUAUAUGUGAAUGUUGGCAGACGGAGCCGCAUCUUAGACCAUCAUUUGCACAGCUCAUGUCCCGACUGCGGCGUCUUCAACGUCUGUAUAUUGAAAGGCCAAACUCUACAAAUCAACUCAUAGGAUGAAUCAGUGCAGUGUCAAUGUAAUAAGUACUUUAUUAGCUGUUUCCUGGCUCAAAGAGCCAGGCAGCCGGAAGUUUUUCCUUUUAUGUGCAAAGAAAGUUAGAGAAAGGAGGCGGAAAGUGUUGGCUCAUUCGAAGUGGGGGAUCAGCACUUACUCCAUCCUGAAUGGAGUGGAUUCCUCUUAAGUAAGCAGCUGCAUAAGGGCAGUGGAGGGUACCACUUCAAAAUUUGUGUUUAGUAUCAUGAAUAGGUAGCUUCUGUCAAGUGUAAGAAAGUUCCCAAAAGGAAAAACAAAAGGAGAAAACAAAACCCAAAAAAAAAAAAAACAAAGGAAGAAAGAAAGAAAAACAAAAAUAAAUAGUUCUGUACGUUCUUUACCUGUGGAGGUCUUUGUUUUGGGUAAGAGAAUCCCAAUCCCUGGAAUUGUAAACAUGUGAUCUCACAGCUCAUUGUGGAAACAAAACAAAACAAAAAAAAAAAAAAA